ACGAAAUACACGUGUUUUGUACCUGUAGCUUGUAGCUUUCGUUGUUGAACAAAUUUCGAUUUUCUCGUUAAUAUUUGCUUUAAUUGAAGCAAAUCAGUAUAUGUGGAGUGUCUUUUGCGUUGAACGCAUUGCACAAUGGCACUAAAGAAGCGUGAGAUUCAAGUAGAUUCGGAGAAAGUUCGAGGAAAAAAAUCUAAAAAGUUAGAUUUUUCUCAAGAAGUGAUAUCAGAAUACGAACCGGAAAAUCUGACCGAAUCUGGUAUGGUCGAUGGAAAGAAGGGUAAGAAAAAAGUAUCUUCAACAAACUUGGCUGUAGAUAAUGGAGAACAACUAACCGAGCCGACAGUAAAAAACGUUAAAAAGGCAAAGAAAAAAGCACGUGUUGUAGAGGAGGUGAUCGAAAAUCCUGCAGAUGAUGAAGAUGGGACAGCUGAACCAUACACAGGCGGCACUGUAGACAACGACCUGUACAAUCUGGCCAAUUCUGGUACAGUCAAUGGGAAAAAGGCGAAGAAAAAGGUGCCUUCUGAAAACAUGCCUGUGGAAAAUGGGGAAGAACUUAUCGAACCGCUAACGAAAAACGUAAAAAAGGCAAAGAAAAAAGCAUGUAUCGCAGAGCAAAAUGAAACUCUGGCCAAUAACGAAGAAGGGUCGGCUGAAUCGUACACGGGCGAUGGGAAAAAAUCUAAGAAAGCAGCACGAAUCUUAGACGCACAAGAGCUAAAUGGAGAAAAUGACCUUUACAAUCUGACCGAUCCUGGUGCAGUUAAAGGAAAAAAGGCAAAGACAAAGGUGCCUUCCAAUAACUUGUCCGUGAAUGAUACAGAACAGCCGCCUGCGAAAAAAAUAAAAAAGGCAAAGAAAAAAGCCCCCACCGCAGAGAAUGUCGAAAUUCCUGUAGAUUACCAUGAGGUGGCGACUGAACCGGUCAGUGAGAAUGGGAAAAAAUCGAAGAAAAAAGCACGAAUCCUAGCUGCUCAAGAGGUGAAUGAAGAAACCGACCUGUGCAAUCCGGUUAAUGAAAAAAAGGCGAAGAAAAAGGUGCCUGCCAAAGACUUGGCUGUAGAUGAUGAAGAACAACUUGCAGAGCCGCCAACGAAAAAAAUUAAAAAGGAAAAGAAAAAAGCUGCUAUCCCAAACGUUUUGGAUGCGGUGGAUCCCUUCGAAAAGUACCGCCAACCACACGAGGCAGCUGACCAUUGGCAGCUUCGCCGCAUGUUCCUAGAACAAAACUUUGACAUACUGCCGGAGGAUGAGCUGGAGUGUCUUGCUCAAGUGUUCAUCAACGUUGAGCUGCUGCGCUGUGAUUAUCCACCGGAAACCAUGGCACGCCUUGAGGAACUUUCCGGAGGAAUAUCGGCAAAGUACCAUGAACAGCGCCGAUAUGGACCACACCGAACGCUUGUGUCGGCAACCUAUGUGGCUGCAUUGAAGGCGCAAAGAAAAGAGCUGGUUAUUCCGAAAAAAGUCGAGGAUGCGUCUACAGAAGCAACCUUACAUCUCGAUGGUGUAAAGAAUGGACCGGAUCCUUUUGUACCGAUCGAUCGGCCGCAAAAUUUGACCGAAAUGCUUCAGAAUGUUAUUGUAAUAAACGACUGUUUUGAGGCUACUCUAUCUGCAUCCAAACCACUCAAUCGUGAAUGUGGUUUUGAAUUUACCGAACAUGAGCAACGUGGUGGCUUUUUGUUCAACGUAAAAGCCCAUGUGGGUGGAAGAAAUUAUGUUAUUGGAAAGGCUGAGGGAGCGGUCGGCGGGAAGCCACUCAAGAAACAAGCCAUUGCAGAUGCCAUGAACUAUCUGCAUGAACAUUGCUACUCGUUAGUGAGGAAGAAGGCGCCCACAGAGAUGAGCGGUCUUUCAGUCAUACCCAAAACGAUCCUCGAGAGCAUCGAUAGUGAGCAAAUCAAGGGAAAGAAAGCGAAUAAGAACGAUGAUCCAAUGGCAGAAAUACACACCAAGCUUGGCGAGAGCAACAUGGGAUUCCGGUUGUUGGAGAAAAUGGGCUGGAAAGGUGGUUCCCUGGGCGUGCGAGGUGAUGGAAUAGUGGAUCCCGUGGAAGCGACAAUGAAGGCGGGCCGCAGAGGACUGGGACACGAAAAGGCUAUCGAAAGUGAGGGAAAGUUUUCUGUUAAAGCUGUCCGCCAGGAGCUGUACGCUUUACGUGAUGGAACACAGUCGCAGCAUAUUGUGUUCAGCAAGGAUUUCACAAAACCGGAAAGAGCAAAAAUCCAUAAGAUGGCGCUUGGAAUGGGCCUGAAAACUAAAAGUUUUGGAAGCGACAAAACAGGGGAUCGGCAACUUGUGGUGUAUGCUUUACAGCUCUCACCUCAUCAGAUACUGAAGAAAGUACUCGUAGAAAAAGAUACAUUUUAUUGUGAAAUGUAUGAAGCUAAAUGUCCAACAAAACUUACAGCUUAAUACGAAAUAAAUAUUAAAUGCGAAUGCAUUUUUUAAAAUCCUG